GUGGGAAAUUCUCUUGUGAUAUUCAUAAAUUUCUAAAAUGUCGUCCUACAUUUCGCGUCUACUUAAGGCUCAGUCCGCCUCCAAGCGUCUGAUCUCCAAUUUAACCCAGCGCGACGGAAAGCUAAGCUCUUUGCUUCGGCGACUAGGGUUGCAGUUGCAAGGAGGAGCAGCCGCUGCUCCUCAACAGCGUCCCAUAUCCACAACUCAGGUGCAAAAGUCAGCGCUAAUUGCGGACGAUCAACUGGUCACCGGGAUUCAGAAGCGCGAAAUGCUGCUGGCCAAGCAGGGCUGCGAGGACCCUUGGGGUUUCACCAAGGUGAUCAGGCGCGGAUCGGGAAGGGAGAACGACCCCACCGUCGUGCCAUCGGCGUUCGAUGCCCGCCUCGUAGGCUGUCUGUGCCUGGACGACCGCUUGCCCAAGUGGAUGUGGAUUGAGAAGGACGAGGGACCGAAGCGGUGCGAGUGCGGCCACUACUUCAUCCUGAAGAAUGUCCCACCCGUUUAGAUCGAUCACACAGAGCG